AUGGCGCAGACCAUUGACUACCUGCAGACUACCCUGAGCUGCUGCGGCAUGACCCAGGCCGGCUACCGGGACUGGCAGGCGAACGUGUACUUCGCCUGCAACGAGAGCAAUCCCAGUCCCGAGCGGUGCAGCGUUCCGCCUUCGUGCUGCCGUCAUGCGCCUGGCCAGGCCGUCAGACGGUCGGCGGGAAACGUCCUCGGGGGAGACGCGUAUCCCCCCAUUCCCAGCACUCUCUGUGGACGCGGAGUGCUUCGCAUGUCUGAUCGCGACGCUUGGAAGGUGAUCCAUCUGGGAGGAUGCGGAGACGCCAUAUUCCAAACACUGCGUGCACACAACUUGGAGCUCGUCUUGAUCAUGUUGGUGCUGGUCGCAUACCUUCUACUCCUAAACUCUCUCGCUUCUUCGGUGCAGUCACAGAUCAGGUCGCUCAAAAGGAUAUACGAUAAGUACUACGAGACUGUGUAUCGCGGCCAGCAGUCCAUGGUGCACGCUUACGAGCGCUGCCUAAGGAGCUACAAGGCUCGCAGUACUGGUGCCUUGGCCGCGAAUACCCCGCUGUCUCCAGCGCCUUGGGCCUCCGCUGCCGACGGCGGAAUGCCCAACGGUGAUCCUUCCUAG